UUCCGCAGCGGCAGCGGCAGCAGGAAGACAUGGCCGACUGGAUCUGACUACAACACCCAGUUUGAGCCGAGAAAUCACAGCCCUCGCAAAGGACCGUGGGUGGCAGCAGCAGCAGAAGCAACCUCCAGGCCACUCUCCGGCCUUCACGAACCCACAGGUAUGCCUUGUGGGUCUCGGCAGCUCCAAUGGCUUUCCUGUCCAGGUUCUCCAGGAAUGGCACCAGAUCACCGAGCCGGGGCUCACGGGAGGAGCGCCACAACCAUCCCAUCCUCAGUGUCUUCGAGCUUGAAAGGCUGCUGUACACAGGAAAGACAGCCUGUAAUCAUGCUGAUGAGGUCUGGCCAGGACUCUACCUGGGAGAUCAAGAUAUAGCAGCUAACCGGCGUGAGCUGGCUCACCUGCGGAUCACCCACAUCCUCAAUGCCUCGCACAGCAAGUGGAGAGGGGGUGCUGAGUACUAUGAGGGCACGGGCAUCCGCUACCUGGGCAUUGAGGCCCAUGAUUCGCCUUCCUUUGACAUGAGCCCCUACUUCUAUCCUGCAGCUGACUUCAUCCACCAGGCGCUGAAUGAAGGAAGAAUCCUUGUGCACUGUGCUGUUGGGGUGAGCAGGUCGGCCACCUUGGUCCUCGCCUACCUCAUGAUCCGCCACCACAUGCCCCUGGUAGAAGCCAUAAAGACGGUUAAGGACCACCGUGGUAUCAUCCCUAAUCGGGGUUUCUUGCGCCAACUGGUCGCCCUGGACAACGCCCUGAGGCUGAAGAGGAGCAUGUGAAGGAGGAUGAGGAGGGCUGUGUGGUGCAGGUGUUGUGUGUGCAGUGUGCACCUGACCCUGGUGCCUGCUGAGUGGCAGAGAUAGGGCUUUCCUUUUGGUGCAGGUGCUUGGCAGCUAAUGGGUUACAUGCAAGUGGCUACCCCAGAUAUGCGAGCUGUUCCUAGUGGUAAAGCGUAAGCCUUCAACCUGCAAUCUUUCCACCUAGGUAGGCCUAAUAUAUAGCCUCCUUUCCAGCCUGCUCGCUCAAAGAUCUAUCCAGAAGGAUAAUUAAGACCCACAUUUCAGGUUACUUUCUAUCUCUGCUGUCUCUGAAAAGCCUUCAAGGGGUUGGUUCUCCCACCUGGCAGAUGCAUUUGCAGGCGAGUCCCAUCCCUCUCUCCCAGGAGACCCAAGCUCUGUGUUUCUUGUUCUCCAUUCAUUUUUUUGGUCUGUGUGGCAAUGUGACUCAGGCCUGGCGUGUAGGCUGUGUCAAACAGGCCUUUUGUCAUAGCGUGUGGAUGUCCUCUGUGCCUAGUGUUAAUGUAAAAGAAUAAAGACACUGCUAAGGAAAAA